UGGAACAAAUGGUGAGCCAAGGCAGCGAGCAGACCGGAGGCGGGGCCGACGACACCCACAAUUAAAGAUGAACUUUGUGUGAACUAAUUUAUCUGAGGGAGGAGAAGGUACCAGGCUGCCGGGCGCCUAUAAAUGCGCCGGAUGAGCGGCUCGGAGCCUCAGUUUGCUGACGGAGCUCCACCAGACCGACCGGCACCAUGCCCCUGAGCACCCUGCUGGCCACCUUCCUGUGCACCAUCGUGCUGCCCGUGCUGCUGUUCCUGGUGGCGGUGAAGCUGUGGGAGGUUUACAUGGUCCGCGGCAGAGACCCCGGCUGCUCCAGCCCGCUGCCCCCCGGCUCCAUGGGGAUGCCCUUCAUCGGAGAGACGCUGCAGCUCAUCCUGCAGAGGAGAAAGUUCCUGCGGAUGAAGCGGCAGAAAUACGGUUACAUCUACCGAACACACCUCUUCGGGAACCCCACGGUGCGCGUGACCGGCGCGGACAACGUCAGGCACAUCCUGCUGGGGGAACACAGGCUCGUGUCCGUGCAGUGGCCCGCUUCUGUGCGCACCAUCCUGGGCUCGGACACGCUCUCUAACGUGCACGGAGCCCAGCACAGGACCAAGAAAAAGGCCAUCAUGCGGGCCUUCUCCAAGGAGGCUCUGGAGCUCUACAUCCCGGUCAUCCAGGAGGAAGUGCAGGCAGCCGUGAAGGAGUGGCUGGCCAAAGAAUCCUGUGUGCUGGUUUACCCAGAGAUGAAGCGGCUGAUGUUCCGCAUAGCCAUGAGGAUUCUGUUGGGCUUCGAGCCAGAGCAGAUCAAGACGGACGAGCAGCAGCUGGUGGAAGCUUUCGAGGAAAUGAUCAAGAAUCUGUUCUCUCUGCCAAUUGAUGUGCCUUUCAGUGGACUGUACAGGGGUCUGAAGGCAAGGAACCUCAUCCACUCCAAGAUCGAGGAGAACAUCAGGAAGAAGGUGCAAGACUCAGACAAAGAGUCAAAAUACAGAGAUGCCCUGCAGCAGCUCAUUGACAGCAGCAAGAAGAACGGAGAGCCGUUUAGCAUGCAGGCUAUCAAGGAGUCUGCGACAGAGCUGCUGUUUGGGGGUCAUGAAACCACAGCCAGCACAGCCACCUCUCUGGUUAUGUUCCUGGGCCUAAACCCUGAAGUAGUGGAUAGACUGAGACAGGAACUAAUGGACAAGGAGGAGCAGGGGAUGGACUUCCAGAGUCUGAACAUCGAGUCUUUGGAGCAUUUGAAAUACACCGGCUGUGUCAUUAAGGAGACACUGAGGAUCAACCCUCCUGUCCCUGGAGGCUUCAGAGUAGCCCUCAAGACCUUCGAACUCAACGGUUACCAGAUUCCCAAAGGCUGGAAUGUUAUCUACAGCAUCUGUGACACCCAUGACGUGGCAGAGAUCUUCCCCAACAAAGAAGACUUCCAGCCCGAGCGCUUCAUGACCAAACCCUCUGCAGAUUCCUCCAGGUUCCAGUACAUCCCGUUCGGUGGAGGCUCCAGGAUGUGCGUGGGAAAGGAAUUUGCCAAGGUUCUGCUCAAGAUCUUCCUAGUAGAAGUGGUCACAAAGUGCCACUGGACCCUUUUAAAUGGGCCGCCGGCCAUGAAAACUGGACCUACUGUCUAUCCUGUGGACAACCUGCCAACCAAGUUUACCAGCUAUACACGAAAUUCAGAGUUUUGACAAGUGAUUGCAUUUUUUUAAAGGCAGUGGAUGUUCCUCCUGGGCUCAUGUCAGUGUGGUAUUUUUUGGGCAUGAGUUGUACAUAUUGUAUAUUGCUUUAGAACACAUUUACGUUUUAUAUUAUGAUGUUAAUACAUUGCAAUUGUAUAUAUUUUUCUUUUUUUUGUGAGAUAUGAACAAACUAAACAAGAGGCACUAUACACUUACAUGGAACACUUUAAUCAGCUCAGAGGUGUAUCUAUAGGAUUAUGUACAUAUGUAAUGUAGAAUCUGUUUAUAUAACUUUUCUAUCUUACCCCAACUUAUUUAAGUGACUUAUCUUAUAUUGUAUGGGACGUUAUUUAAUAAAAUUGUUUUGUGGAGAA